CCACCACACACACACACACACACACAGUGACCCAUGACUGUAAAUCUUGAUAAGAUAAAAUAUUGUGAAAGAUUACAAAAAUUUAGUAUUAUCUUUUUGUUAUACCAUUUAUAAUUGGAGUAAAUCUGCCGACUGAGGUAAACCCAAUGUGUUUUUUUGUUUGUAUCCCACUAAAUAAAUGGCAAAAAGGUGCUAUCUUUUGGCAGUUUUCUGUAUAUAUUGCUUUGUCUAUGUGGGUGUAGUGGAGAUAUUGAGGGAAAAAGAUGAUAAAAGUUUGUAACUUUUUUUUGUGGGUGUUUUUGGUUUGUGUUAAUAAUCAUUGUUGUGGGUAUGAAACUGGAGGUGGGAUUGUUGAGGGGAAGUUGAAUGUGCAUUUGGUUCCACAUUCACAUGAUGAUGUGGGUUGGUUGAAGACAGUUGAUCAGUACUUUGUUGGAUCAAAUAACAGUAUACAGGGUGCUUGUGUUGAAAAUGUGCUGGAUUCGGUUGUUAUGUCGCUGCUCCGUGAUCCAAACAGGAAAUUCAUAUUUGCUGAAAUGGCCUUUUUCCGAAGAUGGUGGCUAAUGCAAAGCAAGCAGAUUCAAGCUCAAGUGAAAAAGCUCGUUUCCGCAGGCCAGUUAGAAUUCGUAAACGGAGGCUGGUGUAUGCACGAUGAAGCAGCUACACAUUACAUAGACAUGAUCGAUCAAACAACGUUGGGCCAUAGUUUAAUAAAGUCUAACUUUAACGUAACUCCUCGGGCCGGUUGGCAGAUUGACCCAUUCGGGCAUUCUGCAGUUCAAGCUUAUCUUUUAGGGGCUGAGCUCGGGUUUGAUUCAAUGCAUUUUGCACGGAUUGAUUAUCAAGAUAGAGCAAAGAGGAAGGAUGAUAAAAGUCUUGAAGUCAUAUGGCGUGGCUCCGAAACAUUUGGUUCAUCGUCACAGAUUUUUACCAAUGUAUUUCCUAGGCAUUACAGUGCCCCGGAUGGUUUCAAUUUUGAAGUUAGCGGAGAUUUUGAGCCUGUUCAGGACAGCCCUCUUCUCUUUGACAUGAAUGUUAAGAAACGUGUUAAUGAUUUCAUCGAUGCUGCACUCACUCAAGCAAACGUCACGAGGACAAACCAUAUUAUGUGGACAAUGGGAGACGACUUCCAAUACCAAUAUGCAGAGUCUUGGUUCAAGCAGAUGGACAAGCUAAUUCACUAUGUUAACAAAGACGGUCGCGUGAACGCAUUGUAUUCCACUCCAUCUGUUUACACAGAUGCCAAAUUUGCUUCAAAUAUGUCUUGGCCACUCAAAACACAUGACUUUUUCCCAUAUGCAGAUGGUGGAGAUUCUUACUGGACGGGUUACUUUACAAGUCGUCCGGCUCUAAAAGGAUACGUACGUUCAUUGAGCGGAUAUUACUUGGCAUCAAGGCAGCUGGAGUACCUAACAGGAAGGAAAAACAACGGUCCCAACACCUUUAGUCUUGGAGACGCUUUAGGAAUCGCGCAACAUCAUGAUGCAGUCACGGGUACCGCUAAACAACAUACAACAAACGACUAUGAAAAACGGUUAGCAAUUGGAGCUCAUGAGGCUGAGGCUGUUGUCAAUUCAGCUUUAUCAUGCUUAACUAGCUCUGCAUCAAACUGCACCAUACCCACAUCCAAAUCCACAUUUACACAGUGUCCGCUACUAAAUAUAAGUUUUUGCCCGCCAGCCGAAAACAUUCCUUCUGGGAAGAGUUUGGUUAUUGUGGCAUAUAACCCUCUUGGAUGGAAACGAACGGAUGUUAUCAGGUUUCCGGUAAAAGAUGCUAACUUAGUUGUCCAAGACAACAAAGGCAAUACAAUUGAAGCACAAUUCGUAGAAUUUGAUAAUGUUACAAGCAACCUAAGAAGCUUCUACACUGAGGCUUAUUUGGGAUUUUCGCCCAAAGAUGUUCCAAAGUAUUGGCUUUUGUUUCAAGCAUCUGUGCCACCUUUGGGUUGGAACACUUACUUCAUUACUCAAAAAACAGGAAAAGGAGGAUAUGUUUCCAUGUUAGAGUACACUACGCAGAGUGACACCGUUAAAAUCGGACCAGGAAGCUUAAAGAUGUCAUUUUCUGUGAAGUCUGGACAACUAAAAAGAAUUACAAAUUCUAGAACCGGGGUUGAUUUACCAGUACAACAAACCUACCUCUGGUAUGGUAGUGGAGAUCAAAACCAGCCUUCUGGAGCAUACAUUUUCCACCCCAACGGAUCACCCCCGUCUAUUGUUUCAAGAUCAGUACCUAUUAAAGUCAUUCGUGGCCCGCUUGUAGAUGAAGUUCAUCAGCAAUUCAACCCGUGGAUCUAUCAGGUGACAAGACUUUACAAAGACAAAGAACAUGCUGAAUUCGAGUUCACUAUCGGCGAAAUCCCAACGGAUGACAGUGUUGGAAAAGAAGUGAUUACAAGAAUUACAGCGAACAUGGUCACCAACAAGGUGUUCUAUACCGAUUCUAACGGAAGGGACUUUCUCAAAAGGGUACGUGAUUAUAGAGAAGACUGGCCUCUUCAUGUUACACAACCGGUAGCUGGGAAUUAUUAUCCGUUAAAUCUCGGAAUAUACACAAGUGACAAAAAGACCGAGAUGUCGGUGCUUGUUGACCGUGCUACCGGGGGAGCUAGCAUCAAAGACGGACAAAUGGAGAUUAUGUUUCAUCGGCGUAUGUUGGAAGAUGACGGUAGAGGGGUGGGCGAACCCCUUGAUGAGACGGUAUGUACCAAGACCACUUGUCAAGGACUUAAGGUUCGAGGAAAUUAUUAUAUGAGCGUUGACAAAGUUGGUAGCGGGUCACGCUGGCGCCGAACAACAGGCCAAGAGAUUUACUCACCCCUCCUCUUAGCCUUUGCACAUGAGAAUCAAGACCACUAUAAAGCUUCACACUCAACAAGAUCAACAACAAUGGAUCCUAACUACAGUUUACCCCCUAACAUAGCGUUAAUUACACUUCAGGAACUGGAAGACGGAAGUGUGCUUCUUCGUUUAGCGCACCUAUACGAGGCUGGUGAAGACGUUGACUUUUCAACCUUAGUCAAAGUGGAGCUAAAGAAAGUGUUUGCUCACAAAACGAUCAAGAAAAUCAAAGAAACAAGCUUAUCUGCAAACCAAGACAAGUCAGCAAUUAAGAAGACGCCAUGGAAGGUUGAAGGCAAAAGUGAAACCGGAUCACGAACGGUUAAAGGUGGGCCCGUUGACCCGUUGACUCUUGUUGUCGAGUUGGGCCCGAUGGAGAUUCGGACUUUCAUAUUACAUCUUUGAUUAGUUCCAAGCAAUUAGUUGAAUAACAAAUAAAGUAUAAUAAUUCAUUCUCAAUUGGAAUGGUGGUGAUUAGAUCAUGCUGAGAACAUUGUUAAGAUCAUAUAUUUAACUUGCACCAAUAGGCUUGAUAGUUGAUACUUCUUGUAACAUUACAUUCUAGAGAAUAAAGAGUUCUUAUAUAUGA